UUAAAACAAAUCGGCGACCCACCUCAAAACGACAUCAAUCAGAUCGCAAUUGCUAUUCUUUCUUGACUAUUUUCGUCACUAAAGUGAAUUACGAAUUGUGAGUAAUGUGGCGGACGUGCCUUUAAUUUUGUGCGGCCUUUCGCGGCUGAAAAUUGGAAAGGGAGCUAGCCGGACGGGUACGAAUAGGUGGACAAACGUGGACGGAUUCAAACUCACAAAGAGAUAUAAGGAGCCGAAAACAAUAAGUAGAAUAUGCAAGAUGAAUAUAUACUUGAAACAAAUUCCCUGUUCUACUUAACUCACACAUACGCAAUAACGACUAUAAAAGAAAAUGAUAAAAUGAGACGCCGUACCUAAUUAACUCGUUGGGGAAUGUUAUUCGUGACGAAGUGAGUUGAGUGUCGAAAAGAAUUAAUAAGAAACUCUUUGUGGUGUCUUGUGAGGUUCGUGACAAGGAACAAAUAACUGUUUCAAGCUAAAACAUGCGUUAAACAAUGCAUACUACCGGAGUCAAAAAUUGGUAUUAUUGGAGCAGCCCGCAAUGACAACUGAAACACUUGCCCUCAACCGGGCGCUGAAAAAGAAAAGUAAUCGCGGCGAAACGAUGACUGUAAAUUGGGUAACAGUACUGGCCGUUCUCUGCGCGGCAUGGGCAUCGCAGAAUGUUAGUCGCCUCACCUCGGGGUGCGUGCCCCCUGACGAAGAUAUUUCGCCUUGUCUCUGUUACAACUUCGAGGACGCGCUAUUUGUCGAGUGUUCCAAUGUUAGCGAAGAACACCUGCGAAACGCGCUGUCGAAAAUCAGCGCUCCGCUUAAACAACUGACGUUGGUUAAAUUAGAGGUGAAAGGAGAAACGUUCCCUAAUGGCAUAUUUGUUGGAAAACGGAUUGGAACCCUACAUAUUUCAAACAGUCGCUUGCAUCGUCUUCAGGAGGCAGCAUUUUUAGGACUCGAAAAUUCUCUUUCGGCAUUAACCAUCAGUAACUGUGAGAUGAAGGAACUCCCGCAUGGUGCUAUCAAAAAUAUGAAGGCGUUACGCAGUUUCGAAAUCGAUUCGAACGCCAUUGCUGAUAUUGAGAGCUAUUCAUUUUAUGGACUACAACUCAGGUCACUCAUGCUCCAAAACAACUACCUAACUUCCCUAGCCGAGUUCGCGUUUGGGGGCUUGGAAUCGUCCCUAGAAGACCUCAACCUAAGCAAUAAUCGACUAGCCCUGUUUCCUUUCAUGGCGUUGCGCCGGCUACAUGGUCUUCGCGUUCUGAAGCUGGUAGGCAAUGUAAUCACCGACAUCUUAGAUGAUGGUCUGACCCGCUUCAUAAAUCUACAAACGGUCGACCUCAGUCAAAAUAAAAUGACUGCCCUCACAAAUCGGAGCUUUUCGUCUAUGCCUCGUCUCCGUGGGCUCUCACUCUACCAGAACCGCAUUACCGAUGUUGAAGACGGAACAUUUGAGCACACGCGAGAACUCGAAUCCCUUGAUCUUGGGCAGAAUUUUGUAUGCGCCCUGAAAUCUGUUGUCCUCCGACCUCUAACAAGUCUACGAACUAUCGAGCUCGGCUUUAACCAUUUGCAUGGCGUUGACGACGGCUCAUUUCAGAAUCUUACUCAAUUGCGUGAAAUACUACUAUCGAACAAUAAUAUUUUACGAUUGCGAAAUGAUACUUUUGCGAAUUCCCAGAAUGUAUCCAUUUUGUUUGUACCGAAUAAUGCAAUAGAGCACAUAGAACUGGCAGCUUUCCAUGGCCUCGAGCGACUUACUCAGUUGCAGAUUUCAUUUAAUCGUUUACGGAGCGUGCACCCACUGCUAUUUCGGGCUAACACCGAAUUGCGCUCACUUUCCCUUGACAACAACCUUAUUACAAACCUUGAAGUCGGUACAUUCCGUGAACUUAAUGAACUACGCGAUCUGCGACUCCAGCAGAACAACCUAAAAAAUGUGCGUCGCGGUGUUUUUUUCCCUUUAGCCAACUUGGAGGAACUACAUCUGCAAAACAACAGGAUUGAAUCAAUAGAGCCCGAAGCCCUGGCAGGAUUGGCAGCGCUUCAACAUCUCAACCUUCAAGGAAAUAAACUAUUAGAAAUACAUGAUAUACUCAUUCGUGCAGGCUCCAAUUUGCGUUCGUUAUUUCUGAGUCUGAACCUACUCACCGAUUUAAGCAGCCUUAGCGCUCCCCUGGGGCGCCAGAGUAAACUCGAAAUGCUCGAGAUACGAUCGAAUAAGUUGCGUCGUCUUCGAGCAGAUAUGUUUCGUGAUUUGACAUCAGCAACAAGGGUCUAUUUGGACGGCAACAGCAUUAGUGAGAUUGAAGAUGGAUCCUUUGAGACUUUAGUGGAGUGCCUAUUCCUCGACUUGAGCAGAAACCAACUACGGUCCUUACGCGGGGGUACUUUUCGCGGCCUUAAAUCACUUGAGGAGCUUUCGCUAGAAAACAAUAAUCUAACAAGUCUUGCAAAAGGCGCCUUUUCUCAACUCGGUCAGCUUCGAGUGCUCGGGCUUGCUCACAACAUGCUAAUGACUAUAGCAGCUGAUACUUUUGGGAACAUGCCUGGACUUACUUCACUCAACCUGUCCCACGCAAACAUUCAAGCUAUAGGGUUAGGAGCUUUUGAAGGCCUGCUGGGUCUGGAACUACUUGACCUAUCUGGAAAUCCUAUAAAAGUACUCCGCUCGCCGGGUCAGCUAAGCCAGCUACGCAUGCUGCGCUUAGCAUCUGUAGCACCGCAGAAGGUGGUUGAUGGCGUGUUCGAUAAGUUGAAUCAUCUUGAAGAACUUGAUUUAAGCGGCUCGUAUGUUAACCUCAAUCGUAUUGGCCUUUUCGAUCAUCUCGAGUCGUUACAUACGCUGCGAGUUGGCCAUAAUAAUGCGUCUGCUUUACGGCAGGGUCUCUUUAAGAUGCUGCCUCUACGGAAGCUCUCGCUUGAAAGUAACUUGCUGACGACAAUGCCUUCCGGAGUAUUUAAUGCGCAACUAGAAACACUCGUAUUGCAAUCGAACAAUAUCACAAUCUUGCGUAGUGGCUGCUUAUCUAAUUUGAGUAAGCUCCACAGAUUAGACUUUUCUGGCAACCUGAUUGGCGCGAUCAACAACGACGUUUUCGAUGAAACCACGAAUUUAGAAGAACUGGAUCUUUCUCGCAACAGGCUGCGUACGUUACCAUAUCAUUUAUUCAAAAACAGCAGUACUCUAAAUCGGCUGAAUUUAGCAAGUAAUGAUUUUUCGUACAUUCCUAACGCUGUGGUGGAUGGUGUUGCGCCGCUAACUAAUUUACGCAUUUUGCAGUUAGAACAUAAUCCAUUGAUUAGAGUGCGAGAAGAUUUCGCUAGCGGAGGCCUGCUUCCUGCUCUUGAAGAACUAAAUCUCUCCUACGGGAAUGUAUCAAUAGUCGCUACAAACGACAUGCACAGCUUUCCCGCAUUACGCAAUCUUUUUUUGGGACAUAACCGCAUCUCAAAGGUGUCACCAGGGGCAUUUCGCCCUCUUCACUAUCUUAUUUUGCUAGAUCUAAGUGAAAAUCACAUCGAGGUUCUUCCGUCCGAAAGGCUACAAGGCCUAUUUGCCUUGAAACAACUCAAUCUAUCCAACAACAGAUUCGCUGAACUUCAACCAUUUCCAGCGGAUCUGGGCGCUCUUGAAGGACUUGAUCUUUCCAACAACAAGUUAGUCAAGAUUCAGGAGAUUGUAUUUGAUGCUCUGACCAGCUUGAAACGCCUUAAUUUCAAUGACAACAACAUUCGCUGGGCAGCUUUUGGUGCGCUCAACAGCCUCAGCGCAUUGGAGGAGCUCAACCUACGUAACAACAAUCUAAUGUAUUUGACACAUACGAUGUUCCAAGUUAUCGAAAGACGCCUCGUCAGGCUACUGGUUACAGGGAACCCACUGAAGUGUGACUGUCGCAUGCUGGGCUUUUGGGAGUGGCUAAAAGAGCAUCCCCAACUGCAUCUGUCCGAUUCGCUUCAUGCACCCGCAUCGGCCCAUCCGUUUUGCACAUAUCCAGAGCGACUUUCUGGCCAAGAUCUAAAUAUGCUUUACCCGAUCGAUUUCUGUCCAGCACCGAUGAUGACAACGUUAGCAGCAGCGGAAGUUAGCCACAGCAGCGUCAAGCUCAAGUGGCAAGUAGAAAACUCAACACUUGUAGAACGGUUUGUUUUAUCCGUUCAAUAUACGUCUCAAUGCAGCUUGACUGACAAUUGCGGCUCUAAUGAUACAGGUGAUUCGCUGCUGCUAAGUUCAGCAAAACGUGCGUUCCUUCUGACCGACCUUACGCCUGAACGAGAGUACCAGCUCUGUGUGACGGCAACUGGUCGUUAUUUGCGUCCUCUCGGAAAGCCCACUGCUUACGCCGACGUCCCACAUGAUAGCGAUCUCGAGAGCAAUGCACGGAAGUGCUUGCGAGUCACGACGGCUGCGCGAGUCCACAAACGGCUAAUGAGUUUACCUGAACUUGGGAUUGCACUUGGGGUCGGUUUGGGCCUUGGGUUAAUUGUAUUCACAUCUAUUAUUGUCACUGCGGUGCGGCUAAAGCGGGCGCGUCGGAAGAAGCGCCGACCCAUUCAUGAAGAAGAUGUUCCGCCGGAAUAUAUUUCGUACAGACAUUUUUCGAUACCGGGAGAAGAUCCAGGUGAACCGCUUUCCUAGCAGCUGGAGUCGGCCAUUCACUGUAGACACGAAGGCACGGUAACUACUAUGACCAGACCAAAUGUUUCAGUAGCCCGGAUCAGUCGACCUGCGCUUGCAAGCUCGUCACGCCAUGACCUAGAAUCACAGUAACCAGUGCCGUUUGAAAUAGCUCACCAUUAUCGUAGUACUAGUGCUUCGCGUGCAUUCCAGAUCCAGGCAUUGAAAUUUUUUCAACUUGUCAUAUCUUUUUACGUUUGCAACAUUUCUGUACGGUAACUUAAAAGCCAACUUCUCUAUUUAUAGCCGUAGGAUGACCAUUUUAUUGUAGCGUAGAAUUUUUGUCAUAUUGUGGAUAAAGGGCAGGAGAAUGAACACGGAUGACAACAAGUUUCAGUGAAAGGAAAGCCAAUGGAUAUGUAAUCUGUUGUUUGAAAGACCUCUUAAGAUCACGAAACUGAAUGUACACAAAUCGAGCUAUUCACCUACAAUAAUGUAUGGGUCAGAAGGUGCUUGAGCCAGGAACGUAUAUGCCGUUUAGACACGUAGGUAAUGCCGUUUUGGUUUCCGUCGCCGUCCAAAAAAUUUGACUACUUUACAAAACUAGAUUUACUAAAGGAUCAAACGGCACAUAUUAAAGAGGGGUAAAACAGAGUAAGAUCGUAAGGGUUGCCGUAUACUACGAGCAUACCAGGCGGCAUAGUACGGAGAAAUUUAGCAGUAUUUUAUUAACAUCUAAUUGUUCAGCAAGAAAUAAAAAGACUCUACGGUGAUCACUUAUCAUAACAGCAAAAACAUUCUCUGUCUGCACGCUAAUUUUCACCAUCAACUCAGUUUCUUAUUUCCUUUGUUGCUGCUUGUUUCUCUAUCCCUCGCGUCCCUUAGUGCAAUAUUAACGUAACUAUCGACCCAUCCCAC